GGUUUGUGGCAGCACUGGCGGCUGCAACAGUCUAGUGCUGGCCGCCACGCGCUCAUCAUCGCCACCUCACCUCCUCACUAAAAAUCGAAAGUUGAAUGGAACAUUUUUUUUGUCAGUGACGAACUCAACUCUUGCUGCUGUCUGUAGUAAAAAACUGACAAAGAAAUGAAAAAAAUAAAGGAUAACUAAUGAAAAUAAAAUAAAAAUUUAUGCAGAUUUAUAGUUAAAAUAAAAUGGACACUAAUGAUAGCAUAACUUGACGGCCAACAGCGAAGUGUGCUGAAGUAACAUUUGUGAUAAAGAGUUAAAUCUGUUUUUUGUGAAUCUCACGAAAAGGAAAAAGGUGAUCCAAACAUCCUCGGUGGACAAGUCAACACCACGACGUACAAAACAAUGCCUCCAAUACGGCCUUAACAUCACCGUCACAAGGACUACAAAAGACAGCAGCCACCUCGAAGGAAAACCAAGCAAGCGAGAGAAACAGCGUCAAAUAUAUGGAUAACAAAUAUUAAUGUGCGGGUAAGAAAGACUAAUUCAGUACUAAAAAAUAAACAACAUAUCAAACCCGUCUUCCGCUAAUCCCAGGAGAAUAAGUCAACAGCGCCGUUUCCACCUUGCUCUUGUCAUCUCGCCCGGGGCUACUCAACACCGCAAGUUAAACGCUCCAGGUGGCGGCACCAUUACUAGGAACAAGUGAGCAUCGCCUGAUCAACACGCAACACCACCAUGAGGUCCCCGGCCUGGUUCAAGCGCUUCUGGGCCGACCUCACCACCAAAGAAUUUAUAGCCAUCAAGGUUCUUUUCUUCCUUAUAUAUGGAGCGUCCAUGGCCAUGUUCCCCUUCCUGACGCUGCAGGCGAGGUCCCUGGGCAUCACGGAGACGGAGCUGGGUGUUGUGUACGCCUUCAACCCCGUCAUCGCUAUCAUCGGCCCUCCCAUCACCGGCAUAAUGGCUGACAAGAUUGGCAACUUUAAGGUAUUCUUAAGCAUCACUAUGGCAGCCAGCGGGUGUGCAGCGUUGGUGUUCUCUGCAGUACCCGCCGCCCGUAUACACCACGAGAUGCCCGACACCCUGCCUCUGAGUGUAUCCUGCGGCGCCACCACCCCAGCCAUAGAGCUUCAGUCCCCUUACUACUGUGAUUAUCUGCCCCAGCUCGACAACGUCACCUUUACCCUCACUAAUUGUUCACUCUGUCACUCCCGCAGAGCGUCACAGCCUGGUGGAGGAGAGGUCUUGAACAUGACGCCACAAGAGGUGACCGCUUUUGCCCUCACCACCAACACCACCACCCUCCUCCAGCUACCUGACUGGCAAUGCCCAAACCUCCCUCUGCAGAGUGAUGAUGACGCUACAGAGGACAGCUCAACAGUACCCAGCGCCGCCAGGAUGAGUGACUGUGACCUCUCCUGUUCCUCCACACUACGGCGGGAAGACCUCUGCUCCAACACCAUCUCGACGGAGGUUAUCGAUCCUAUGGUGACCUUCUGGAGUUACAUGUUGGUUCGUCUCCUCAAUGGCCUCACUCUAGCCACAAGCUUCACACUGUUCGACGGGGCGGCCAUUGCCAUCCUGAAGCAGUAUUCGGGGGAGUACGGCCUCCAGCGCCUCUACGCCAACCUCGGGGCCAUCGUGGUCACUCCCGUCUCUGGUGUCCUCAUCGACGUGUUCUCUGACAUGUCCGGCACCCAGAACUACAACCCAGCCUUCUACCUGUACUGUGGGUUCAAGAUGUUCGCAGCCGUCAUCAUUCUCUUCGUCGACUUGGACUUCCGUCAGCCCUCCAGCAGAGUAAUGAAGGACUUCCGUAUUCUCCUGAAGAAGCCCGAGAUCCUUACCUUCCUCCUCGUGAUGCUUAUCUCAGGGACUUGCUUCGGGCUCUUGGACACCUUCCUCUUCUGGCUGCUGCAGGACCUGGGCGCCAAGAAGUUCCUCAUGGGCAUCACCGUGACUGUGGGCAGCAUGGCGGGUAUACCCACCCUCAUCGCUUCCGGCUUCUUCCUGGAGAAGCUUGGCCACGCCAAUACAAUCAUCAUAGGAUUUGCUUUUUAUGUUAUAAGGAUGAUGGGUUACUCCUUCCUCACUAACCCCUGGUGGUGUAUGCCCUUCGAGGCGCUGGAGUGCUUUACCGUGUCACUGAUGGGCACCGCGGCCGUCUCUUACGCCGCCGAGCUCUCCACCCCUGCCACCAUCGCUACGCUACAGGGCGUCUAUGGUGGCAUUCACUACGGCGUCGGUCGAGGGUUGGGCAGCCUCAUAGGUGGGUUCCUGAUGGGUCCCUUGGGCGUCCGCAACACCUUCAGGCUGAUGGCUUUGGUGUGCGCCGUCACCUGCCUCACCUACUUCAUCAUCAACCAUGUGUUCUUCCGCCAACUGCAGCAGGAGAGAGCUGAUGAGAUGAAGGCAGAGGAAGCUAAGAAAGAGGAAGCUGAGAAAGAGCAACAAGACCCCGAGAAAGGCCACAAUGGUAUCAUAGAAAACGGGUUUAAGUACAAGAAUGAAAAAGAAACCAAAGAAAACGAUACUCUGGAAGGGAAACUCAAGGAAAACGGAACUCCAGUCUUGAGCAACGGGAAGGAAAAUAUUAAUGAAGCUUUUGAGGAAAACGAGUAGCGGGGUCACCGUCUCUUUCUUUCCUCAAAUUACGUAUAAAGAUUCUCCUAAUUUUUUUUAUUUUUCUACGUGACAAAUCAUAAUAAUUCUGUAUAAUAAGUAAAUACUACUUUAGGGCUACCAGCGAGUGAAUCACCCUUGUGUACACACACACACACACACACACACACCAAAGAACAACACUCUUGAUGAAUUACAAUAAAAACUUGAUUGAUUUGUGGUUAUUCAAUAAAGAUCGUCAUACAAAAUUAACUUUAGAUUCAACGAGUAAAUGCUGUACUAGUAAAAUAUGUAUAUAGAUUUCCCUUGAGUACAGCCCAAGUCAUGAAAGCCUUUGAUAUCCUUAUUAGGGAAGAGAAUGGGUGGGUAGGUAGGUGAUGUGAGGGUUGGGGUGACUAAUACAAAUUACUGUACCUUUAAACCUGACAUAAAUCUAUCUGGCUACACUGCACUUAAACUAAGACACUGACCAUAAUGCUUUGAUGAUUCAGAACCUCAAAAUCUUACACAUGUUGAGGUAAAUUCGCCUGGAUUCAGAGUAUGGAUCAGGUGAAGACUGACACCCCAGCUUAUUUUACCUGAUAAUUAACAACCCUAACGCCAACCUUACCUGAUGUAACCACCCUUAGCUUAUUCGUCUUGAGAUUAACCACCCUAACACUAACCUAACCUGACCUAACCUAACCACCCUAACACUGACCUAACCUAACCUAACCUAACCACCCUAACACUAACCUAACCUGACCUUAUCUUCCUAGUAUCAUCAAGGUAAUUAAUCCCAAGGUAAAAUAAGCUGUAGUAGCCAAAUCUUCAGGUUAUAUAAGUAAUCUUAAUGUUAUGACAAUAUCAUGAUCAUCAUAUCAACCACAAGUGUUUCUCCUAAUUUACAAAGAGGUUAAAUUAGGUCCCAAAUAUCUUCCUAAUGUUACACCUGAGAGACUCAUUAUCGUACAUCACAUUACAGGUAUUAAUUUAUUACAUCUUUCCUUUUGACUUAAAUAAUAUUGCUUCAGUCUCCCUAAGAUGCGAGGGAUAAUAUUCAGUCUGCCAACACUGCCUACAAAACUCUUUGAACAUUUACCUAACAUUAAGAAUCGAACAAACUUUACUUCCAACACCGAUGAGGAAAUCUUUCACGUAAAUACCAAGGGACUCAAGAUGACCCCUAGCGGAACUCCUCACCGUAUCAACAAUUAGUCUGACUCAGUGUUGUUAGUAGUCCCAAAUUGUUUCCUUGAGUUAAGAGAAUACUUUACAAACACCUUGUAGUUUUU